CAGAUUUGUAGGCUCCCAGUACCAUUUUGAAGACUGGAGGGGAAGUGAAUAGUUAAAGCUACUCUAGCUUGAGCAAGCUGAAUUACUAAGUAAGCAGGAAGGGUACAUGUUAGCACUGGCACGUGAACAAUGAGAUCAGCGAGGUUAGGAAGUCCUCAGGCAUCCAGAAGUUGGCUAUUCAUUUCCACAAGACUACGUGGGACCCAUCUGCAUGUGGACAUCUUUGAAGACACUUCCAACUCCAGCUACAACACAGUUCAGUAAUCUAGUUACUAGACUUGGAGCUGAUCUUCAAGACUUCUGAAGUGACUCUCACAAGUCACUCCUGAGCCUACCAUCUUUGAAGAGAACAAAAGAACUUCUACCAAUCACAAGCACCUAAAAGAAGCCCCUGCACGCAGAGCUGACACGGCGGGCGCCACCUACUGCAAACCCAGCUGCCAGCACAGCGCCACUGCUGCCAGCAUUUCAUCGCAUCGCCAGCCUGGGACGGAGGGAGAAAGGCGUGCUUCUGUGCUAGUGUUUCCUUUUUAAAAGCAAAGACAAAAUCUCCAAGCCAAGAAGAACAGGCUGAAAUAGUAUCUUGAAAAUGGAGCGUAAACUCAUCAGAAGAGAAAAAGAAAGGGAGUAUGAAGGCAGGCACAACAGCCUGGAAGAUGCUGAGCAAGGCAAGAACUGCAAAUCCACACUGAUGACCCUCAACGUUGGUGGAUAUUUAUACAUUACUCAAAAGCAAACCCUGACCAAGUACCCAGACACUUUCCUUGAAGGUAUCGUAAAUGGGAAAAUUCUCUGUCCUUUUGAUGCUGAUGGCCAUUACUUCAUAGACAGGGACGGUCUCCUCUUCAGGCAUGUCCUAAACUUCCUACGAAAUGGAGAACUUCUAUUGCCCGAAGGGUUUCGAGAAAAUCAACUUCUUGCUCAGGAAGCAGAAUUCUUCCAGCUCAAGGGGCUGGCAGAGGAAGUGAAAUCCAGGUGGGAAAAAGAACAGCUGACACCUCGAGAGACUACUUUCUUGGAAAUAACAGAUAACCACGAUCGUUCACAAGGAUUGAGAAUCUUCUGUAAUGCUCCUGAUUUCAUAUCAAAAAUAAAAUCUCGCAUUGUCCUGGUGUCCAAAAGCAGGCUGGAUGGGUUUCCAGAAGAGUUUUCUGUGUCGUCAAAUAUCAUCCAAUUUAAAUACUUCAUCAAGUCUGAGAACGGCACCCGACUUGUACUAAAGGAAGACAACACCUUUGUCUGCACCUUGGAAACUCUUAAGUUUGAAGCCAUAAUGAUGGCUUUAAAGUGUGGUUUUAGACUGCUGACCAGCCUGGACUGCUCCAAAGGGUCAAUUGUUCACAGUGAUGCACUUCAUUUUAUCAAGUAAUUACCUGUCUCACGAACAAAGGCAACAAGCAUGCAGCCAGCAAGCUUCAGAAGCCACAGAAUCAGACAAUGUGCCCAGCUAGCUUGUCCCAGAGCCCGGCUGCUAAUCAAGUACUGUGAGCUAACUAACGGUAUGUAAAUCUAUCACUAAAGAUGUCCUUCUCUGGGGUGUUCUGCCGUCACACUUCCACCUACGGUGAAGCUGUGCUCUUCUACACUGUAAAUAAAGACAAUGCUUUUGCUAUUUAUUUAUUUUUUCCUUAAGCUGUCUGUCUUUCAAUGAGAAUGUCUUGGGUACUUGCAUCUAUCAUUCACUAUAGCAAAUGUUAACAACAUACAAUUCAAAAAUCCUUUCUACUUACAGCAAAAAUCUACAAAGAAGCUGAACUGGUAAAAUAAACAUGGAGAGCAAAAUAAAUGUACAGAGCUACUUAAAGCAGAGUGAGAGUGAACCAAAAUGGGACUGUAAAAUAUAUUCGAGCUGCUGAUUUGACUUUUUAAAUAGCAGGCACCAAAAGCUUUAUUACAGCUCCUGUAUUUCAUACUAGAAUUACGGCUAAAUUGAUAUUUUGCUGAAAAUUCCUAGGAAACAGCUUGAUAACAAUAAAAAAUAAUAAAAAUCACUGCUAGCUUCUU